AUGGCUUCCGAAAGCCUUACCGUCGUGUCCGCGGACGAAAUCGGGCAGCGAAGAUCUCCGGAAAGGCAACGAGAACUGCAGGAAGAGCUCCCGGCUUUAAAAGCUGAUGCACCGCCGGUGAUCUCAACCGACACUUCAGCUGCCGAGAACAAGGUUAAAUCCGCUUCGCCAAUCGAUUCAGCGUCGGGAAAAUGUUCCAAUUCUUCGAACAAGGAAGGGGAGACAUCGUCCGAAUUAGAGAAGCCUCUGGUUUCUGCCAAGGCAGGCACCGCCUCAAGUGUUGGACAGAGUACUGGUGAGAACAGUAAUUUUGACGUUGCGCAGAGUGGCACUGGCAAGCCGUCGAUGCUGAAGCCGUCGCCGAGCGUGGCACAUCUCGAUCAGAACUUUGAUCCGAUAGUGUCUCCUGGAAACAGGUCGAAUGGACAUUUUUCGAGUUUGGAUAACUGUUCCACGAUGAUGGACGAAGCAUGGGAGAGGUUGAAGAAGUCGUAUGUCUUCUUCAAAGGAAGGCCGGUCGGCAGUUUGGCCGCUAUCGAUCCUAGUGCCGAGGCAUUGAAUUACAAUCAGGUUUUCGUAAGAGACUUCUUCCCUUGUGGAUUAGCCUGCUUGAUGAAAUCUCCUCCUGAACCAGAGAUUGUAAAGAACUUUCUUCUGAAGACUCUCCAUCUUCAAGGCUGGGAGAAGAGGAUUGAUAAUUUCACUCUUGGAGAAGGCGUGAUGCCUGCCAGUUUCAAGGUUCUAUAUGACUCCCAUCGUGGAAAGGAUACAUUGAUUGCUGACUUUGGAGGCAGUGCAAUUGGAAGAGUUGCACCGGUUGAUUCAGGUUUCUGGUGGAUUAUACUACUAAGGUCAUACACAAAAUGCACGAGGGAUCAUACGCUAUCGGAACUACCUGAAGUGCAAAGAGGGAUGAAAUUGAUACUCAACCUCUGCCUUUCUGAUGGCUUUGACACUUUCCCAACCCUUCUAUGUGCAGAUGGUUGUAGCAUGAUUGAUAGGAGGAUGGGGAUAUAUGGUUACCCAAUUGAGAUCCAGGCCCUCUUCUUUUUUGCGCUGAGGUGUGCACAACAAAUGCUAAAACCGGAGGGUGGCGGCAAGGAAUUAAUUGAGCGGAUUGACAAGCGGAUAAAAGCUCUGAGCUUCCACAUACAAAAUUACUACUGGCUGGAUUUCACUCAACUGAAUAACAUAUACCGUUACCGCACUGAGGAGUACUCUCACACGGCUGUCAAUAAAUUCAAUGUCAUCCCUGAUUCUAUACCAGAUUGGUUGUUUGAGUUCAUGCCCUUGAGAGGAGGGUAUUUGAUCGGCAAUGUCAGCCCAGCUCGAAUGGACUUCCGAUGGUUCUUAGUUGGGAACUGCAUUGCUAUCUUGAGCUCUCUGGCCACACCUGCCCAAGCCACAGCCAUUAUGGAUCUAAUUGAGGAGCGCUGGGAGGACUUAAUUGGGGAAAUGCCCCUCAAGAUCACUUAUCCUGCACUUGAAGGACACCAGUGGAGGAUUGUCACUGGUUGUGAUCCAAAGAACACUCGCUGGAGUUACCACAAUGGCGGGUCUUGGCCAGUUCUCAUAUGGCUGCUGACAGCAGCAUGUAUAAAGACGGGCAGGCCUCAAAUGGCAAAGAAAGCAAUAGAGCUGGUGGAGCAGCGGAUUUCCAAAGAUGGGUGGCCCGAGUACUAUGAUGGCAAGACGGGUCGGUACGUGGGAAAGCAAGCAAGGAAGUACCAGACAUGGAGCAUUGCUGGAUAUCUGGUUGCCAAAAUCAUGAUCGAGAAUCCGUCCAAUCUCCUCAUGAUCUCUCUCGAAGAAGAUAAAAAGAUAACCAAGCCCAGGCUCACCAGGUCAGCUUCUUUUUAGA